AUGGCAGUUUAUAAGGGCUACAAGGGUGGACCGGUCGGCUACGGCGACCCUGACGACAAAACGAUUGCUGACACAGAGCGAAGUACCAUCUUCUCUAAGUUUGUCCAAGAACGCUUACUGUUUGAUCUCUGUUCUGAACAGUGGACUGCCUGGAGGAAAUGCAUCCGUGCGCACAAAGACAGUUGGGUGCCUUCGCGAAAGUGCAAACUCGAAUUUGCUGCUGUCAACGAGUGCCAGAAUAAGUAA